AUGGCUUCUACUUCACAUGGAGAUGGACACAUGAAUUAUCGUGAGUUUUUUGGUUUGUUUCUCUUCUGAUUUUAGGUAUUAUUUGUUUGUGAUGGGAAGAAAUGCGGGUUUUUAUGCAGGAGUAUGGAUUUUUCGUAAGAUUACGUUGUAGAUGACGGUUUUGAUUAAGUUUUAUUUUAUUUUGUGUUUUAAGAACGAUUUUUUGUUGAUAAUUAAGCAUGCAAUAGGCGUUCUUUAGCGAAAUAAUUCGAGAAUAACAUCAUAGUUUUUUUAUUACAGUACAAUAACCACUUUACGUUGUUUACUCAAGUUCUAAAGCACUUUCUGCGUAAACGAUCUGGUAGCAUAUUGUUCAUGAGCGUUUAUUUCUAAACUGUUAUCCUUUCCUUUCUCGAUUGGGUUGUUUUUGAUGUCUCGAACUUGUUUACUAACAUGAAAUGGUUUUAGUCCAUUCUUCGGAGCCUAAUUCGUCGUCGUCUGCAUCUUCAACCCUGAAUCGUCGUGUCCUCAGAAUUCCAGCAUACGCUUUUAUUCUCCCCAACUUUGAUCAUUUCCCAAUUGAUUUCCGUCGGUUUUUGGAGAAGGAGAUGAUAGAGAUUCACACGUUGAAGCGUCUCGAAGCCUCAGGGCAUCUAAAUUGGUGGUGUUCACAGAAUGCCAGUCAGAGGCUAUGGCCAUUGGUGACGACUGGCGACGGAAAUUGCUUGCUACAUGCUGCUUCGUUGGGUAAGUCGCUGGUUUUUGUGGUUUAGUGGCUUUGAAGAAUGAAUUAUGUGUUAUAAAUGAUUUAAAACUACGUUCUAUCUAAAAUUAGUUUAGUUGUUUAAGUUUGUUAAAAGUAACAACAAAAAUAGCGUGAAAUUAUAUAUUUUUUCUUAAAUGAGACAUUGUGUUAAUAAAUUACAUUUAUUAUAUUGCGUAAUCUUAAUUCAUAAUCAUUUAAUUUAGGUAUAUGGGGGAUACACGAUCGACAGUUAAAUCUGCGACAAGCCUUGUACGAUGUGCUAACUCAAGAUAACCGAAGGAAUUCAUUCUACAGAAGGUGGAGAUGGCUGGAAAGCAAGUCGAAUUUACAAUCUGAACUAGUACUGACAGAGGACGAAUGGGAAAAGGAAUGGAAAAGUGUUAUUGAUCUCGCUUCGGCCACUCCAAGACCAAAUACGUAAGGGUUUAUAUUGUUUUAGGUAUAUUUGAAAAGUUCAAUGUAUUUUUUAAAGCUUGUUCAGAGAUUUGAGGUUUUAUAAACACUGCAAAUAAAGUUUUAUUUGUAGUGAAGGCAACCCUGGGUGCAACGAACAAGUGUAUGAGAGUCUCGAGUGUAUUCAUGUCUACGCAUUGGCGCAGGUUCUUCGCCGACCUAUUAUCGUUGUAGCUGAUACGGUGCUACGGAAUGCCAACGGAGAAGAAUUAGCACCGAUUCCUUUCGGUGGCGUUUAUUUGCCGUUGGAGUUUAGUCCAGAUCAAUGUCAUCGGUACGUUUUGAGAUAACUAUACUUAAUUAAGUUAGUGUUGUUUGAAGAUAUGUUUAUGAUGUUUUAUUUGAUAAAUUUACGGAUAAAAUUUUGAAAACUAAUGAUAUGAUAUUUUAGAGGUCCGUUGGUGUUAUCGUACGAUGCUUCACACUUCUCAGCUCUUGUAGCGAUGCGGCAGACUAAUUCUAAUUAUUUACAAAGUGAGCAAAGUAUUAUAGAUUGUAGUUCAUUGAAUGUAGUUUCAAAAUACAUUUUAGUACGUUUUAAUUUUAAAUAUUUAUUUUAGCCGUACCGAUCAUCGACCGAUUUCGUAAUUUAUUACCAGUGCACUUUGCUGUCGAUCCAGGACCAGAGUUUACAUGGUAAGUUUAGGUAGAAUACAAUAUUUGUUGUUCUUCAGCAUUAGUUUAUAAUUUUUAUUUUAUGAAAAAUAAUUUUUGACAGACUUUAUGCCGUAUUUUAGGUGGAGAGACGGUAAAGACCAAGACAUAGCCUUCAAGCUGGAAUCAGAACAAACUGACGACCGAAUGCUAGAACUGAUGGGCACCUACAUGGACAUUGUCAAGAUGGAUCUGAGAAGAGGAAGCAUCAAGAAGUCCCUACCUUUUGUCGGAGAAACUGAAUUUGCACCAUCAAUACCAUUGAAGUUGAUGGCGAUAGCCUCAGGGAAGAACGACUCUCACAGGCAUCGCUUCUUCAACGAACUGCGACAACACUUCAGAUGGCUGACCAAGAAGUCUAAGAGAAAGUCGUCUAAGGCCAGGUUCUCGGCCAACGAACUCAGACAGUCGAAUUGUGUGUUGGCAGUGCUGCUACACAACUACUCACAUCAACAUAUUGAGAAGAUGUUUGAGAACUACCUGGUGGGGGUCAGGGAAAGGUACGAAAGGUACAAGAAGGUACCUUCAAGUGUCAUAAUACCCAAGAACAGACUGAGUAGAUCAUUCUCGUCUUCUAGUGUACAUCUCAGCUGUCUGAAUUGCAAAAGGGUAAGUUCGUUUUCGAAAAUUUUGAAACAUUGAUAGUUUUAUUUGUUGUAUAAAAUGGGGUUACAGCUUUGCUUAUAGCUUUAACUUUGGGACACGUACUGCAAUAUAUUGUACUUAACUUUUGACCAACUAUGAAUGAAACUGUGUAUAAGAACUACAGGGUUUAAAAGAACUUAUACGAUUAAGUAGGGGUUUAUGACGCUAAUAAAUAUUUGAAAACACAAAACCGCUGUUUUUGAAAGAUUACUUUAUACUAAAACGAUUGUAAAGUUUGGUGCAUUAAAGAUGGUAACGGAUUACGAUACUUAACGGAUUGUUUUUAGCACGCCGCUUCCUUAUCGACCACUUUCCUCUGUUCCGACUGUUUUGAAGAUCAGAAGCGAGAAAUGGCGUCGUUAGGAUCCUCGUCUUCACCUCAAUCUCAGACUUCGACUGGCAAUUCAUCGUUCGAACGCUGUUCACAUUCGAAUGACUCUGCCUACUGUUCCAAGUCUUCUACGAUGCCAGCUCUGUCAGAUAAUCUAGAGGAAUCUAGUGGACUGAUGAACGAGAGGAUCGACUUUGAAGGCGGUUCUUAUCAAAUUUCAUCCAUGUCAAUGUCACCGAGGAGCCCAACAAGUCCGAGUUUUGUUAGGGAAAGCCCUGUUAAGGUUACGGUGAAAGAGUACGGAGAUUACGGUAGCUACGCGAGAGACAAAGGAAGUAGAGACUACAGUAGUGAUUACGGUAGCUAUCGUCAACGAGCUCCAAGCCGGGACUACGGUACUCGGGAAGUGAACAAAGCUUACGGUAAUCGGGAUGUUGCUAGAGAUUACGGUAACAGAGCUUCUAUUAAAGAGUACGGCAACCGUGAACUUACGAGAGACUACGGUAAUAGAGAGGUUGUCAGGGAUUACGGUAUGAGAGAUUCUAAGAAGGAUUACGGUAACCGAGAUUAUCAGGACUACACCAUAUACCAUACGCCAACCUCACCUAUUACAAAGUACCGUAACCACUACGAUGACUCCGUUUACUACACUCCACGGCAUGAGAUUCAACCGAGAUUUAAUCACAGUAAUCAGGGCGACAAUCUGAUGGAACGAUUCAACAGUAUGUCUAUAAAGUCUCGACCAAGACCGAACAACUUUGACGUUGGCAGAUACAACAUGAGGAGAGACCACUCUAUCGACCGUACCCCUGUCUUCUCUCCAGUUCCACGAUAUGUCAGUCCGAACACUCCACUGGCUCCAGAAUUGGCUCCACGGAUGAUCUACGGUCAGAGUGAGGUUGUGACACAGCAUUGA